GAUAUGACACAGAGCAGUUAUGAGAGUGAGUAUGAGGCUGUACUUGACCCAGACGGCUAUGCUAUUCCACAUGAAUUUAUGCGACUACCUAGCAGAAGAAAGCAUUCAGCUGUCAAUAACUUUGUGGUAAGUACCCUCUAUGUCCUCCAUGCAUUAUUUUGUUUUACUAAAGAGUAUAGUGCAUUCAUAUUCAUAAUUUUACGAAAAUUUGAUCGUGUGAACUGGAAAAAAAAAAAUUCGACCAAACUGCCUUCCAUUCGACCCAACUUCCAUUUGAUCAAACUUCAGACAGAUUUGAGCAUACAUUUGGCUAGACAUAAUGGUUGCCAGAUUGCACAGAAACAAUAAUUACUCUUCUGAAUGUUGCAUGCUUUUUGUAUGAAUAAAAGAUUUAUGACAUACUAUUGAAACUUCUGAUAUCUUGUCUCUCCUCCCCCUCUCCUCCCGCCUCUCAACCCUAAAACCUAAAACCAUUUUUUUUCUUAACUGACAGUCAGUAGAGAUCAACCAUUUUUUUUUAACCAAGUCGUUAAAUUUCGUGGUAAUACAUUCUACAUAUUUGUGUGGGUCCUAUAGAUAAGGAGCCCAAAGUUGGGAUGUGGGAAAACAAAUAAUUAAAUUAACUUUGAAUGCAGGGGGGGGGGGAGACAACCAAGAAAUGGAAGGUUAGCUCUAUCAAAGCCACGGCCCUAGGUGUAAUGCUGUCAGUGCAUUAAAAAUUGUUCAUCAUUUAAUGUGUUCUUAUCUUGAAUAGUUCAUCUAGUAGGCCAAUAUCAAGCAGGCCUAUUAACUAGUAUGCCAAUAUCCAGCAGGCCUAUUAACUAAUAUGCCAAUAUCCAGCAGGCCUAUUAUCUAUAUAUAUAUAUAUAUAUAUAUAUAUAUAUAGUUAUAUAUAAUAACAUGUCAAUAUCCAGCAGGCCUAUUAUCUAGUUUGCCAAUAUCGUGCAGGCCUAUAAUAUCCAGCAGGCAUAUUAUCUAUAUAUAUAUAUAUAUAUAUAUAUAUAUAUAGUUAUAUAUAAUAACAUGUCAAUAUCCAGCAGGCCUAUUAUCUAGUUUGCCAAUAUCGUGCAGGCCUAUUAACUAAUAUGCCAAUAUCCAGCAGGCCUAUUAACAAACAUGUCAAUAUCCAGCAGGCCUAUUAUCUAGUCUGCCAAUAUCGUGCAGGCCUAUUCUUUUAAAAUUGUUUGAAUAUUUGAGUCUCAAAUUGUAUUCCAUGGUCAAACUCAUUUCGCUAAAUUGUACUCGUCUAUACAGUUGGUAACAUUGACAUAUUUUAGAUAUGAUGAAGUGGUGUAAUCAAUAACCUGACCUAUUUAAAUUUCUUGAAAAUUUUCAAAUGGCGUGUGUGGCAAAACUCGAAUUCCGUCCAAUAUAUUUGCACGCUGUGUGAGUACCAAAUACUAUUUAAUUAAGCACAUCAUUGUUUUUUUGUUGUUUUUUUUUAAAGGCUCUUCAUUGUGUUAGAUAUAAUUCUUUUAUUUUAAAAGCUAAACUCCCACGGAUCAGUUUCAGUGGAGCAGGAGGUAGGCAAUUUGUAUGCGAUGCCGAAAAAGGGGGGGGGGGCAGUAACCCCCACAAUUUAAUUAUUUGGUUGAAUGAUGGUUGAAGCUGGUAAGGUAGUUUUGCAUCUAACAUGCAAUUUGUAUGCGAUGCCGAAAAAGGGGGGGGGGGGGCAGUAACCCCCACAAUUUAAUUAUUUGGUUGAAUGAUGGUUGUAGCUGGUAAGGUAGUUUUGCAUCUAACAGCUCUGUAUACAAAAACAACUCUUAUCUCUGUUGUUGUGCAACUCCUGUAACUGCUGCCUGUGACAUCUUCCAGAUCAAAUGUUGGGUUAACGCUGUGUGGGUCUGUGUGCGUCUGCAAGGUGUUCAACUACAUUUCUUCCCCUUUACCCUCUUCAUUUGGAAUCGUUAAAUCCCUGAGAGUUCUCUGCAGUGAUGAGGUUUUAAGGUGUUGCUGCCGCAAACAAUGUCCUUGCUGUCAAAAGGUGACGUUGUGACUGCCGCAAACAAUGUCCUUGCUCUCAAAAGGUAAUGUUGUGACUGUCGAAAACAAUGUCCUUGCUCUUAAAAGGUAAUGUUGUGACUGCCGCACACAAUGUCCUUGCUCUCAAAAGGUAAUGUUGUGACUGUCGAAAACAAUGUCCUUGCUCUCAAAAGGUAAUGUUGUGACUGCCGCAAACAAUGUCCUUGCUCUCAAAAAGUAACGUUGUGACUGUCUAAAACAAUGUCUUUGCUCUCAAAAGGUAAUGUUGUGACCGCCGCAAACAAUGUCCUUGCUCUCAAAAAGUAACGUUGUGACUGCCGCAAACAAUAUCCUUGCUCUCAAAAGGUAAUGUUGUGACAGCCGCAAACAAUGUCCUUGUUCUCAAAAGGUAAUGUUGUGACAGCCAAAAACAAUGUCCUUGUUCUCAAAAGAUAAUGUUCUGACAGCCACAAACAAUGUCCUUGCUCUCAAAAGGUAAUGUUAUGACAGCCACAAACAAUGUCCUUGCUCUCAAAAGGUAAUGUUGUAACAGCCGCAAAGAAUGUCCUUGUUCUCAAAAGGUAAUGUUGUGACAGCCACAAACAAUGUCCUUGUUCUCAAAAGGUAAUGUUGUGACAGCCACAAACAACAUCCUCGUUCUCAAAAGGUAAUGUUGUGACAGCCACAAACAAUGUCCUUGUUCUCAAAAGGUAAUGUUGUAACAGCCGCAAACAAUGUCCUUGCUCUCAAAAGGUAAUGUUGUGACAGCCACAAACAAUGUCCUUGCUCUCAAAAGGUAAUGUUGUGACGGCCACAAACAAUGUCCUCGCUCUCAAAAGGUAAUGUUGUGACUGCCACAAAUAAUGUUCUUGCUCUCAAAAGGUAACGUUGUGACAGCCACAAACAAUGUCCUAGCUCUCAAAAGGUAAUGUUGUAACUGCCACAAACAAUGUCCUUGCUCUCAAAAAGUAACGUUGUGACUGCCGCAAACAAUGUCCUUGCUCUCAAAAGGUAAUGUUGUGACUGCCACAAACAAUGUCCUUGUUCUCAAAAAGUAACGUUGUGACUGCCGCAAACAAUGUCCUUGCUCUCAAAAGGUAACAUUGUGACUGCCCCAAACAAUGUCCUCGCUCUCAAAAGGUAAUGUUGUGACAGCCAAAAACAAUUUCCUUGUUCUCAAAAGGUAAUGUUGUGACAGCCACAAACAAUGUCCCCGCUCUCAAAAGGUAAUGUUGUGACUGCCCCAAACAAUGUCCUCGCUCUCAAAAGGUAAUGUUGUGACUGCCACAAACAAUCCUUGUUCUCAAAAGGUAAUGUUGUGACAGCCACAAACAAUGUCCCCGCUCUCAAAAGGUAAUGUUGUGACUGCCCCAAACAAUGUCCUCGCUCUCAAAAGGUAAUGUUGUGACUGCCACAAACAAUGUCCUCGCUCUCAAAAGGUAAUGUUGUGACUGCCACAAACAAUGUCCUUGUUCUCAAAAAGUAACGUUGUGACUGCCGCAAACAAUGUCCUUGCUCUCAAAAGGUAACGUUGUGACUGCCCCAAACAAUGUCCUCGCUCUCAAAAGGUAAUGUUGUGACAGCUGAAAACAAUGUCCUUGUUCUCAAAAGGUAAUGUUGUGACUGCCACAAACAAUGUCCUCGUUCUCAAAAGGUAAUGUUGUGGUGGUUAGCUAAGUUUGUAUUAUUUUCUGGGCCACUUUUUGUUUUCUUCAGUAAUAAAUAUUUGCGUGUUACGUGUGUUAAGUAGAUUGUUAUUUUCAGUGCAAAAAACAAACACACUGACACACAAAACAAAAACAUGUCGAGCUCAUGCUUCAUGGAGACUUACUUCCGAUGUCAGAACCAAUGACACGUGUGGCCCAGGUAAAUCUUUUGAUCUGUACCGUACAUGAGGAUAUCAGUUUCACCUGCAGGGCACUUUACCUUGUUCUCAACGUGUCUAGCAAAUUGAACAUCUCGUGUGAUCGGAGGGGGGCCUACCUACCUACCUAACGGUCGAAGUUAUUGCCGGUCACGCUGGCUGAAGUUGGCCUAGUGGCCGCGAUCCAGACCAGUCGCUUGGACAGUGCAUUGGCGUGUUGCCUUAUUCUAACGACGUGCGGCUUUAAUAAUAGCAUCAGUGUACCAAGUGAUUUAUUUGUAGGUGUGUUAAGUCAAGUGACUUCAAGAUGUGGCAUCGGUGAUAGCAUUCUGGGUGAACCGAAGAUACGUUGUUUUUUUAAUUUAUUUUUUCCCCCCACUUAACAUUUACGGCUAUUUUGAGAACCUCUCCGAUAAAUGUUUUAUUAUAUUGUGCAGUGUAGGGAGAAUUCAGCAAAGUUUUAUAUAUACUUCAGGACAUACUGACAGCUUCGCCGUGUCUGUGGGCAGUACGAUCUCAUGGUAUAUCAUCGUGUAUUGUUCGAUAGGAAUUAGUUGCGCGGUGUAUGUUUGAUAGAUUGUUUUAUAGAGUAAUCACUUGAUUAGAAACUACCAGAUUCAAGGGCUCUCAACUGACUUAAUUAGAGGUGUCGGAAGACCCAGAAAAUCUGGGUUAUUGGCUUUUUUUUUUAAUCGUGAGGAAAGUGUUGUUGUUUUGAAAAAAAAACGAGAUGGAUGCCCGGGAAAUGUUUUGUAAUCACAAUAUUACAAAACAAAAUGGUGGUGUUUUUUUUUUCAAUAGCACUAAAACAUUACGGUUUCGCGAUAAUUUUAAAAGUUAAAUUUGAAUUGUUUUUUCUAAAUUGUUUUUUUUUUUUUUGUUGAAAAACUGAAGGACAUUAAUUAGAAUUUUAGCGGCUAGAGAUCAUGUGUAAUUUUAGAUUAACAGUUUUUCAAUAGCACUAAAACAUUACGGUUUCGCGAUAAUUUUAAAAGUUAAAUUUGAAUUGUUUUUUCUAAAUUGUUUUUUUUUUUUUUUGUUGAAAAACUGAAGGACAUUAAUUAGAAUUUUAGCGGCUAGAGAUCAUGUGUAAUUUUAGAUUAACAGAAACGCUGAGUUCAUUCAUAUUGUAAAAUAAUUGUAAUGUGUGUAAGUUUUAAAAAAUAUAUAUUUUUUUUUUUUACAUAUUAGUAUUACAUUGAUUUUGCAGACGAAAGUGAAACAAGCCAGCGUGCAAAUUAGUGUUUGAAAUGCGUGUAGGAUCAACUUUGUAUUUCUAAUAAUAGAUGGUCUGGCGAAUAGUGGAUGGGUAGGCUUUGGACUUGGACACCCCCCCCCCCCAAACUGUGGCCCAUUGUACGGUGUCUAGGGUUAGGUCCCCUUCGCAUUGCCGUCAUUUUUUGACGCGUUAAUUAACUUAUAGCCAGUCUUUGUCAUAUUUACAUUCUUUUGCUGCCCUCUCGGAUCCUACUUCUCCGCUAAGUGCUAUUUUUAAUACAUUUAUUUAUUCUGUUGUUUGUUCCCUGCCGAAGGCUUCCUGCCGGCACGCUCUUUGUUUUGUUGCGUUCAUUUUUUUUUCAGGUUUGACCAUACUUCGUUUUCUUCUCUUCUUCUUCUUUAUUUUGAGGGCCCACGAUCAAUGAAUUGAUCAUUCUGGCUCCUAUGUUUCAGUGGGGUUCGCGAUGUACCUGCAUGUGCAUUGUUUUUGCAAGGGCUUCUCGACAAUGGUAUUAUGAACUGGGGGUUGGAAGACAGGAGCCAAAAGACGCAAAUGUUUCAAGUGUAGUCGCCUCAACUGUUGCUUUUGGAAGCCUGUUCCAGUCCCUUAUUGUCUUUGGUAGGAAUGAGGCGCUCCUGUACUGAGUUAUUGUUUUUAUUAGCCGGAACUGCCUGUCGUUGUCUAGGGGGAGAUGGACGAGUUUCUGUUUAAUGCUGGAACAGUGGACCAGCCCAUUUUUUAUCUUGUACAUCAUGGAGAGCCUGGAUAGUCGUCGUCGUUCUUCCAAUGUUGACCAGCCCCCUGUUUCCAGCAUGCUGCCAACACUUGAGGUGUUUCUGUAACGGUUCAGGACAAAGCGUGCUGCCCAUCGCUGGACCGCCUCCAAACUGUCAAUGCUCCUCUGGGAAAAUAGGUCCCAGACUGAAGAUGCGUACUCUAAAAGCUGCCGGGCAAAGGCUUUAUAGUUUUUUUCUUUCACGCUUGAGUUGCUUAUCUUCAGAUUUCGCCUUAGGAACCCCAUGGUCUUGUUUGCCCCGUUGCACACAUUGUUAAUGGGGUCGUCCCAGUGGACCUCUCGUUUUACUAAUGUCCCCAUCUUUGCAUAAACGUUCAAUAAAUUCCUUGCCAAUACACGAAACCAACAAGAACUGGGCACAUUGGCCUCCGCUCGGGAGUCAGGAAGUAUUUACGCAACUAAAAAACAUGAGAAGAAAAGUUCCCCAUUUUAUCCACUCAACAUCUUCUGUACAAAGCUUUCACCAAAUUUAAGCAGAAAACAAUCUUAAUUUGGUUCCUGGUACUUGAACAAGUGUGUGUGUGUGAUGAGCCGACAUCCUCAACUAAGUUUUUUGUCUCAUCACUUCCUACUUUUUCAUUGAAUCAAACAUAGCAAGAGAUGGUUUGUUGCAAUAUUUUAAAACGUUCCUAGGGUUUCUCAUCCGAGGUCAUCUUCACCAGAGGAGCUUGGCAUAGAGAUGAGUGGCUCGCGUUGUGUGUUUACUUUUUAAGCAGGGGCCUUGUAUUUGUCCACAAGGUAAUGACCUUUAUUACUAUAGUCACGGUUGAAAUGGGUUGAAAGACUUUGACAUUGUAUGCUUGUAAUUAGUUUUUGUAGUGUUGCGUUUGUUUUAAAUGUGGUAAAUUAUAGAUUUUUUACUCUUGUACCGCGCUUCGAGCCUUUGGGGAUGAAGCGUGUUUUUGAAAUACACUUUAUUAUUAUUAUUAUUAUAUGUGUGUAUGCUCUUGUCUGGUGUCUAUUUUUUUUUUCUGUAUUGUGUGUUUUUAACUUAUUACACACGUUUUAACAUCCUGCAUUGUUUCAAGGAUUCCAUGAGCUAUUUUUCUUCAGCUUCACCUAUACUGUUUAAUUUUCUUAGUUUCUGUCUUUUAACCUUUCCGAAAGCGUUACGGUAAUUUCGCAGCCCAACUUGCGUCUAUUUGAUGCCAUUCACAAAACGUCAACAAUGAAAGAUCGGACUGCCACCUUCGUCCCGGGGUAUAAUUUUGAGUGAGCCAAACUCGCCGCGAUCUGGUCAUCAAUGUGUGUACAUACUGCAAUGGUGACAACGCAAAAUAUUCACCUGGUAUUGUGAUUGUGUCGCUAUGCAAGCCAUUGAAACUCUUCUCAGGAGAAUCGGAGAAGAAAAGAACAAAACAAAAACAUAACAAAUUCGACUUUUUUCAAUUUUUUAAAUUAUAUAGAAGAAAAAAAAAAGAGUACGCAGCUAUAAAUUGGAGCGCGACUCAGAAUCCUGACGUCUUAAACUGUUUACUGUCGUAACUUUUGAACUUAACGGAUUCUUCUUUCAGGACCCGUAGCAAUUAGGACCAAACUGCAGGGGUCUGUGGUCGGAGCUUUCCUACUCUUAGAUCAACCCCGCGUCUUUGUAAAACAGGGUUUGUGAUUUGAAAUCCAGCCCUUGAGUGUUUAAUAUGAUCGCUCAGCCAACCAGUCUAUUACUUUAUGGUAUAUCAUUAUGGAGUAUUAUCACAAUCCUCAGCAAGAAUAAUAAUACGGAAAUGCCCGAGUGUGUAACACGUACGAGAAGGGCGAUGCCGAGGAAAAGCGACCGGGGUGAUACCUAAAAAAUCGACCCACCUAAUGUAUAGAAAAAAAGUGACGCCCGCGGUGGACCAGUAAAGAGACGAUUGUGGCGUCCCUUUACUUUGUGAAGUACUUGGGAUUUUAUCGUUUAAGUCACUGUUAGAGUCAUAUAUAGAGACGAUCUUGGCGCUCACCAAAUGUUGGCACUCCCCUAUGUUAGCACCCAGGGCGAGUGCCCCGAUCAACCCCCUUCCUUUUUGCACGACCCUGUGUGUGAGUCCCUGUCACACGUUUGACCUUACACACAUCGUGGCACAUGCGUUGUUUACCAACGCUAGAGACUAGGGUAAUAGUAGUCACCAUUUUGGUAAUGUUUCCAUGAAUUAGAUCUGGGGUCUCAAACUCAAAUCAUUCGGGGGGCCGCAGGAGGUAGAAUCUGAGUGAGACUGGGCAGCAUCAAGUAUUCCACACAAAAAUUGAUUACAAAUCAAUAAAGUACAAUUGCUACAAUCUGCUCAACCUUGAUUAAUACCAAAUAAAAACAUUAAGGGUUCUCAAGAACUAGACUUCACUUACUUCCUCCUACUUCUUGUUGCCAGAGACCUGGCAGCACUUCUUCUUAUACAACUGAGCAAUAUUUGGCUUGAGUAAGGAAGCAACUGAGAUCCUCAGUAUAGCUUGAAGAUGCUCAUCAGUAAUUUUGGCCCUGAACUUUGACUUGUUAAAGUUUAUAGUGGAAAAGAGAUUUUCACACAGAUAGGUACUCCCAAAAAGACAUAUGAUCCGCUUGUACAACCUGGAAAUCUCAGGGAAGGUGGAGGGCAAUGCUCUCAUCAAUUGUCCAUGCUUGUAUGUUUUUCCAUUCACCUCCCUGAACUUAGAAUUGCACUGAAGAUCAAUCAGAUCCAUUUGAAGCGGGGGAAAACAAAACAAAAAAAAAGUGGGGGUUGCGGUAUCACCACAUUGAAGGUGAAAGGGUAGGCAAAAUUUUGAAAAGUGGUUCUGUGUGUUUUGAAGUCUGCAAACCUGUGAUCAAAUUCUUCCUGUUGCUUUGCAAUAUCAUCAGUAUACUUACUACUGAAUGGUGUGCCCGAGUCCAUGAGUAUUUUUCAUGUUGGGAUAGACAGAGGUUGCUCUGAGAAAGCUGGGCUUUCCAUAACACAAGUUUUGUGCAGAAUGCCCUGACAUUGUCAUAGGCAACACUGACAAGCUGCCCAUGGUCUUGUAACUUCUUGUUGAGUACAUUCGGCUCCUGGGUAAUGUCAACAAGAAAAGCCAAGUCCGUGAACCGUUUGGGAUCACUUAGUACACGAAGGCGUUAGUAGCUAAAACGUGUUUGAACAGUAAGCAGUAGCAGGCAAUAUUUAAUGAAUUAUUGAUACGAAGGAAGAUGCUAUUGCAUGGAGAAUGAAUUUUAAUUAUUUUUUUUUUAUCGUAGAAAAAACCAUUGGACUAGCCCUAUUUUAAAAGUGACCAAGUUAGCAGGCUCGGAAUUGUAUUCACUUGUCACUCGUACACACUAGCGGUAAUUUUAAUAGGAAAUGUUUUAUACUGUGUCAGAUUGCUAUGAUUUAGAAAAUUAUGGUUGUGCAUUACCCUUGAAAUGACUUUUUCUCAAAUCUGCACUUAAGCCAUGUUUGUCUCAUAAAAUGCUGUAAAAUAAAAUCUUUUAGUCCUAAUUUAAAAUGGUUUUUACCAUUAUAAUCAUCGUCCAAAUCUAUACAAACAUAAUCAAAAUCAGACUUAAACUAGUCGGUGAGAUUCGACUGAAACUGUCGCGGAGACUCACAUUAUAGAUAUGAGAAUGGGGGAAACCCGCGGGCCACUUUAACACUAAACUUUGCUGUCAUUUAGUGGGCCGCAAAAUGGCCCGCGGGCCGCGAGUUUGAGACCCCUGAAUUAGACCAAACUAAACGACCUAGGGUAGAUUUCAUUGUAACUAGCACAAACUAAACCACCUAGGUGCAGAUCUUGGUGGUAGUAGCAAAUAUUUCAUUCUAACUUGCAUUAACUAAACCACCUAGGGUAGAUUUCAUUGUAACUAGCACAAACUAAACCACCAAGGGAAGAUUUCAUAGCAUCGACAUCAUAAGUGCGACCAUGAAACGACGUCAUAAGUGCGGGUGAACUUAACAAUGGUAAGGGUCAGGGAUUCGAGGUGGAAGUUAUUUCCUAUAAAUGCCAAGAACCUCGAGGACAGCCAAAGUAAAGGAUCAAUGGCGCCCUGUUAAGCUGAGCUGGAAAAUAGAGACACAUGUGGGUGCAAUUUAAUCUAGGGGUGUUUCUCAUCAAAUCUACCGCCUUGGUGUGGGUGUGUUCAUGCCUUGGUGUGUGGGUGGGUUCAUGCCUUGGUGUGUGGGUGGGUUCAUGCCUUGUGUGGGUGGGUUCAUGCCUUGGUGUGUGGGUGGGUUCAUGCCUUGGUGUGUGGGUGGGUUCAUGCCUUGGUGUGUGGGUGUGUUCAUGCCUUGGUGUGUGGGUGGGGUUCACGCCUUGGUGUGUGGGUGGGUUCAUGCCUUGGUGUGUGGGUGGGUUCAUGCCUUGGUGUGUGUGGGUGGGUUCAUUUUCAGAGCAGCUCCCCCUACACACUUUUUUUCAAAUGAUAUGACAUUUGUAAGCCUACAAACUGCACACCAUUCACUUUACAAUUUUCAUUAAAUAUGAAGCUAUUAACCAAGCCAAAAAUAGGGUUAACAAAUUGGUCAAGUCUAUAAAGUACUUGGUGAAUUGAAAUGAAAUAAAAGCAGCAUUUGCCUGAUUUCCGAUUUCCUUCUUUCUCUUUAUCUUUAUCUUGGCUCCCCCCCCCGCCCCCCCACCCCCAAAAUAUGUCAUCUUAUUGAGUCACAGUAUUUCGGGCCAGUGAAAAUGUUCUAUCUAAUUUUUCAACAAGCUCAAUGGUUUACGUGUGAACUUGCUUAGCAUGAGCUUGGUCACACUGCCCUAAUGCGAGAAACUCACAGGCUGUAAUAUAACAGAUGAGCAAAUAUAUUUUCAGAGUUGUGGAUCAGCAAUCACUUCACAUUUCACCUGAUUGCACUCUUCACAUUUCAGCUGAUUGUACUCUUCUCAAUUCAGCUGAUUGUACUCUUCACAAUUCUGCUGAUUGUAUUCUUCACAUUUCCACUGAUUAUACUCUUUACAUUUCUGCUGAUUUCACUCUUCACAUUUCCGCUGACUGUACUCUUCUCAUUUCAGGAUGAUGAUGACGUCUCGCCAACCAAGUUCUUGACAAAGUUUGAAGGUUUUGCCAAAACGCCCGGCCAGGACUCAGACAGUGGUGGCAGGGAGCCAUGGGCCACCUAUGCACAUGACCAAUCACUGGACAAGGUCAACAAGAGGAAAAUGACCAUGGUGAGUUUCUUCAACUAUAUAAGAUGGCUGAGGGUUUGUGUUUGGAUUACUUUAGCAGCAGACGUGAGAUGUAGGCAAUCAGCUAUUCUGAAAAUGAAACUGUUUGGGUUCUGACCAUAGAUUCAUCGCCCAUUUUGGCUGCACCACUGCCGGGUUCAGAAGAGUGGAUAAUGGCAAUCAUCCCCUGCCCAAGGGUUCAAAUUUGUACAAUCCAGUGAAAGGGCUCUUGUUUUUUUUGAUAACCCUCCCAUGAAAAAUCCUAGAUCUGCCCAUGAGAUACACUUGGUAGGAACUCUUGUCCAGGGCUGUAAGAGUCUUUGCAAUAAAAUCUUGCAUAGGAGAUAAUAUAAAAAUGUACAAUAAAAUUGAUUGCCCUUGCCAUAAAUGCUCUAACCACACUAAGGCAUCCGCUUAGAGAUGUAUUUGAAAGACAUUGACCGUUUUCUUUGGGUAAACCCCAUCCUUGGCUACAGGUGAAGCAAAAGAUCAACCAGGCCUACGCUGACUUGAGUUUGUCUUCAAAAGGCGUUGUGGACUCGCAGGGAGCAGAUGACUGGACCUACGUUGAUGAGGAUGGCACAACAGGUAGGAGACGUCAGAUCUGUUAUGUCGUUGAAGUCAUUGUGGUUGGCACUGUGAUGGCAGGGCUGUUGUUGCGUGACUGUUGGAGCAGAGUGCGCCGCCCCUCCCCCCACCCCUGGGCCGGGCCACUUUUGUGCUUUGUGAAACCUGCAUUAAAAAAUAAUAGUUGAAAUUGGUUCCACUUGCAGCUGUGGGCAUCUUAAAUAUCCCAGGCCCCUUCAGCCACAGGCGUUGUUGCAGUGCUGACACAUGAGGGUGUUAUGUCAUGGGGUGGUAAGAUGGCCUGCCUGUCAGCCAAGAAGUAGCUGGUUAGAAUCAGACUGGUAGCCAUCCCUAGCUAUGGGUCAUUAGUUGGGUGGAUUGGACUGGUCAGACUGAGAACGGUAGUCUCAUUAAGGGUGUAAAGGGUAUGAUACUUUCACUGGCAGUGGCAUCAAAGGACUCACAAAAAUGACAGAACUUGCUGAAGUCUGUUUCCUAACAGAUCUAAGUUAAAUACAAGAGCAGGCUUGACAUCAUGACCUUACCCCACAAGAGAUUGUAAAAUAAAAAUAUAAAUAGACCUACCAUGGGCAGCAAUUGAUGUACACCCCUGCACUUGCAUUGUAUAGUCUAACCUCUGACCUAGUGCCUGCACAAUUCAUCUUUUUAAGAGCUAAGUUUUAUUACAUUUUAUUCCCUAGUGCCCCUAUUAUGGAAGACCUUCAACUGCCACAUUUAUUUAUGAUCUUCUGUUUAAUCCAGUGUUUCCCAGCCUUUUUUGUGCCAGGGCCCAACUAAGCCUUUCUAAGAUUCGUAUGUCCCACAUGUAUCAUGUACAUAAUUUUUAAUAUUCAAAAGUAGGUUGUUCACUGAAGAAACUUAAAUGAUAGGUUUUAGGAAGAAAUCACUGGGAAAUUGGUGAGGGAACGUAGUAAGAACAUUUUUUAAACACUUAGUGGAGAAAUGAAACUCACUUUUAAAAAACGCUAUAUUUUAAAUUGAUACUUAAACGAUUCUCUUUUUAAAAUACAAGUUAAAUCAUAGUAGACAUUUGGUUUUCAAAUUCUAGACAGCUCGUUUUUGAAUUGUCCCCCCAAACAAUCCAAUUGCCUCUCCAUUACCCAUUUCAUCUUCUUCCUCCCACCACAUUUUGCUGCUUUACUGUUGAUGGGAUUUCUUGCCUUACUGUUUACAGAUGAAGCUGUCAUUGAGCCUACAGAGCUCAAGAAAAGGAUUCAGUACUGUGCAACUGUCAGACUCAAAUCAGUAAGUAUCACUUCCUGCAACAUCUUUUGGGGUUAUUUUGACAUUCCAAAAUCAUUUAAAUUAAAUGUAAAGCAGACUACUACCACUUGCAGCUAAACCAGUGGUUCUCAACCUUCCUAAUCCCGUGACCCUUUAAUACAGUUCCUCACGUUGUGGUGACCCCCAACAUAACAUUAUUUUUUGCUACUUCAUAAAUAUGUGUUUUCCGAUGGUCUUAGGCGACCCCUGUGUGAUCGUCGUUCGGAGCCUCGAAGGGGUCAGGACCCACUGGUUGAGAACCGCUGAGCUAAACUUUUAACACUAGAUAACACAAUUAAUAAAAGUGAGCAGCCUGUUGGCUUUCCUUCAGUAUUUCGCUUGUUGAAUCUGUAUCUGUUUCAGAGUGUGAGCAUAAAAAAGAGCAAAGAGUACCUGGAUGCCAUCUACCCUCAGCUGUUUGAGUACUGCCUGUUGGUGGGACUGAG